AUGGCUCUAGAAUGGAUUGUAAUCGGGUACGCUGCAGGCGCUGAAGCUGUGAUGGUCCUCCUACUGACCCUACCCGGCCUAGGUCCGCUCCGGAAGGGCUUAGUUGCCGUCAUUCGUAACCUCCUCAAACCAUUUCUCUCCGUCGUCCCAUUUGGUGUGUUUUUGAUCAUGGAUAUCUACUGGAAAUACGAAAACCGACCGACUUGUGACUCGUCUGAAGCCUGUACACCCACGGAUCAAUUACGUGAUCAGAAAUACCUUAUGAAAACUCAGCGUAACAUCUUGUUGAUCGUCUCCGCUUUGGUUUUUUACUGGCUAUUGUAUUCUGUGACCCACAUGCUUGUCACGAUCGAGCAGUUGAAUGCAAGGAUUGAGAAAUUGAAGAAUAGAGAUUGA